AUGCUGGACCUCCUGGGAGGUCCCGACAGCGCCCUUCUCGUCGUCAAUUCUUCGCCUCAAGAGGCAGAACGCUUUCUGCGCCUCUCGGUAAAAGAAAAAGACAAAGGAAACCCACCUCGCUGUCGGCAGCUGCAGAGUCGGGCGCUCGCCCGGCUGCGAAGAAGCCUGGAACAUGCAGACGUUGUCUUGGCGUCUUCGCUGAUCACUCGACGUCUGGGGAAACGGCGAGAGACGGCGGCGCCUGUAGAGACAGUCUCGCCCAGUGGGAGCGGGGAAGGCUUCGUCAACUGCGACGAAGAGUCGCCAGACCGGGACGAACGCCACCGCUUUACACAUUUUGUUCUUAUCUGCAAACCGACAGACGAGGAACGCGAAACAGAGAGCGAGACGCCGGAGGAAGAGAAGCAAAAGUUCGCAGGGAGAGUGGAAGAGGAGGACGAGAGGACAGUGAAGCCCAACGGAGACUCAGAGAUGCGAGGAGUGGUCGACGGGAAGCAAGCCGUUUGCGGGGGCGGCAGAGCGCAGAAACGACGAGGGAGAGCCGAGAAGAAAAGCGACCCUCACGGAGAGGAAACGUGCAUGUCCUUAUCUCCAUCCUGCACACAGGAAGCUGUGGACACAGACGAAGGAGCAGGGAAAGAACCGAGUGAAAGGGAAAGCAGAAAAGAGGACGCUGGAGAGAAAGGCAAGAAGCCAGCGGCGAGUACAGUUCUCCCUUUUCUUCUCCCUCACUCCCGAGCCGAACUGAUUUCCAGAAAAGAAAAUGUCACGGCAGCCGCCGACGCGUCGCCUCACCUUCAGGACAGACGGGAACGCGAAGCACUCCACAGAGAAGAAACGAAGGGGAGGCAAGCAGAGAGAGACGAAGAAGAGAGGAGAGAAGACGAGAGGGAAGAAGAGAGAGGAGCCAGCAGAAAUGUGUUGAGAGAGGGAAUUCCGUCGGUUGUUAUUUCCUGCUCUUCUUCUUCAUCAACAGCGGCGACGACACCUUGUCAGCAGCUCCACCGAGUGCACGCUUUUCCCCGUUCUCCUCGACGCCGAGAAACUUCCGACGCACGAGAAGAAGAGCAGGACUUCAAGCAAGAAGAGAGGCGAGAUACAGACAGAAUGAGAGAAGGCAAUAAGGAGACUGUGUCGGGCGAGAGAGAAACUCUGGGGGGGCGAAAGACAGACAGCGAAGACUUUGGGGAGUUCGAGAGAGAAGGCGCGAGUCUUUCGAUGACUGGCGAGAACGACGCAAAGACGGAAGCCAGCUGCUGUGUUACUGUCUCUCCUUGUACACGAGGAAGUCACGCGAAGGCGCGUGAAGAAGGAGAAGAAGAGACACUGGAAACUCCAAGGGUUCUGCGACGGAUCUGGUGCGUUCCUCCACUCUGCUGUUUCGCAGCGAGAUCGGAGAAACGGGAAUUCCGUGCGAAAGACUUGCGCCUCAGCUUCCUGUGCCUGCUGCCCUACACGUUCCUGAGCUGCGCCGUGACCGUGUUCUCCGCCCUCAUUCCCUCGACAUUGUUUCUCGUUCGGUCUGCGGACUCUCCCUGCUCCGCCAGUGACGAAGAAACUGCAUGCAUCUUUGCAUCCAGUGCACCUCUCUCGGGGGCAGGCGCGAGCGCGGGAGAGAGGCACUCUGUUUCGACCUGGACGACUUCUAAGACGUUGGAGGUCGCUGUGCAAGAGACCCUUCAACAAGCUGCCGUAUGCGCCGUCAUGCUGGCUAUGUGGGGCAUCGGCGUCGUUUACUUUGCGACUCGUUCCUUCCUCAGGGGGUUCAAUCUAGGACUGAAGUUUCUGUGCAUCAAGGUACUCGUGGUGGUAAUCCAAGUGUCGGAGAUCGUGGCGAAGUUCCGCGGUUCCCCAACGUUUGAUGCUGACGUCGCCACUUUGUCUCCUCUCCCGCAUGGAGUGGAAGGCGCAGGCUUCCUCGAACUCCACCACUCGGUCUUCGACUUCGUUCUUAUCCUGCUCGCGCUACCUGUGACCGUCCUCGCCCUCCGCACUUUCGACCCCAGAGAGCUGCACCGCCUAGAGGACAGAAGCCCAGCCUUUGGAGGCGUGUCUCCUGCGCUGAGUCACCAACUGCUUGCGCUCGAAGGAAAGAGAGGGGAGACAAAGGGAGAGACUACGGAGAGGAGACGGAGGGAACAGGGAGAGAGGACGGGCAGCGGACCGAGAGAACGGCUCGAGGAGACAAAGGGGACACGGAUAAGAGACCGAGAGACAAGGGAGAGGAGAAGGACGGAACAAGGAGAGAGGGCAGAAAGGAGACAGAAAGAGGAAAUGGAAGAGCGAGCGACGAGAGACUGA